CCCGCAACAUGUUGCUUUGGGGCCUGUGGGCCGCCUUGCUGCUGCUUCUGCUACCCCCACCUGCUCAGGUAGCACCCCUGGACCGUCCAGAGCCCAGGAAAGAUGAGGCCCCUCCUUCGGUUCCAGAGACCCCGGUGAGACAGAGUUCGGCCCACCCCUUUGCUUCUGGAGAAGGUUGGAACUACAACUCCCAGCAGGCUUCUCAAGGUUUCCUGGCCUCCUGGGCACCUUAGUUUCACAGAGGCUUCUGGGAGUUGGAGUCAUUCUGGGGUGGGGGCAUGGAUCCUCGAUGGGAAAGCAAGGACCAGAAGCCAGGGCCAGGGCCACCAUAACCAUGGGACCUCUGGCGUCUAAAGUUGUAGUCAGGGAGGAAGGCUGGGCUCUCUCCUUGUGGGGAUAGGGAGUGGGGGCAGGGCGUGGAGGCAGAGCACCCCCCUGGAAACUUCCGAUGACUCCUAGGACACCCUUGAGACUUGGGCCUGGCCAGAGCCACUCUGAGUGUCCCAGGCUGGCCUUCUCUGGGCCCCCGGGGCAGGCUUGUACCCUCCGGGACUUCCUCUCUCCUUUGGAAGCCCAGCGGCCUCUCCAAUGUCUUCCAGCCGCUAUUAUGCAUUGUCAGAUGUCCCUGGCUGCCUGGGCCCAUUGGAGGACACGGGGCUCUACUACCAUCGCUACCUUCAGGAGGUGAUCCAGGUCCUGGAGACGGACGGCCAUUUCCGGGAGAGGCUGCAGGCAGCCAAUGCCGAGGACAUCAAGAGCGGGAAGCUGAGCCGUGAGCUCGACUUUGUCAGCCACCACAUUCGCACUAAGCUGGAUGAACUCAAGAGGCAGGAGGUGUCCCGCCUGCGGAUGCUGCUCAAGGCCAAGAUGGAUGCUUCCCAGGAGCCUGAGGUGCAAGUGGACCACCUGACCCUGCUGAAGCAGUUUGAGCACCUGGAUCCUCAGAACCAGCACACAUUUGAGGCCCGAGACCUGGAGCUGCUGAUCCAGACGGCCACGCGGGACCUGGCUCAGUAUGAUGCAGCCCACCACGAAGAAUUCAAGCGUUACGAGAUGCUUAAGGAGCACGAGCGGCGGCGCUACCUGGACUCCCUGGGCCAGGAGCAGCGGCUAGCAGAGGAGCGGAGGCUGGAGGAGCAGAGGCAAAGGCAUCGGCAGCACCCCAGGCUCAAUGUGCCAGGCAGCCAGGCCCAGCUGAAGGAGGUGUGGGAGGAGACGGAUGGCUUGGACCCCACUGAAUUCAACCCUAAGACCUUCUUCAGGCUGCACGACACGAACAGUGACAGCGUCCUGGACGAGCAGGAGCUGGAGGCCCUCUUCACCAAGGAGCUGGAGAAGGUGUAUGACCCCAAGAACGAGGACGACGACAUGCGGGAGAUGGAGGAGGAGCGGCUGCGGAUGCGGGAGCACGUGAUGAAGACGGUGGACACAAACCAGGACCGGUUGGUCACCCUCGAGGAGUUCCUGCUGUCCACACAGAGGAAGGAUUUUGAAGAAGCCGCGCCGAAGGGCUGGGAGACCCUGGAGGAGCAUCCGGCUUACACCGAGGAGGAGCUGCGUCACUUUGAGGCGGAGCUGGUGGCGAGGGAGGCCGAGCUGGCGGCGCAGGCCCAGCGGCUGAGCCAGGAGAGCCAGGCCCUGGACCACUCUCAGGGGCUGCUGGAAGCCCAGAAGAAGGAGCUGCAGCAGGCUGUCCUUCACAUGGAGCAGAGGAAGCAGCAGCUGUCCCCAGACCCGCCGGUGCCAGGCCCCGAGGGGCAGCUCCUCUUCCAGCCCCAGACAGAGAUGGGCGCCCGAGCAGAGCCAGCUGUGGAAAAGGAGGGGCUGGCCCCGGGCCCAGACUCCCCCGCACCCGACUCCCAGCCCUAGUGAUCACCGAGCCCCCAAUAAAGGCUUUCUGGGCA